AUGAAUUCUUUAAUUGAAUAGCAUAGAUCAACUUCUAUAAGAUAGAGGCAUUUUUUGAAUAUGACUUAAUCCCAGACUGGUAGAGUCUAAUCCUCUUUAAGUAACUUGGAUAAUUGUUCGGUAAUCUAAAAGGAGCUUAUCCAUAAACUAGUUAAGACAUUAAAAUCAGGUUAAAAUAAGAAAUGCAAAGAAAACAAAAGCAAAUAACCGAAAUCAAGAUCACAGUUAAAUUCAGGUUAAAAAUAGAGAAUGUUAGAAGAUAGAUUACACAAAUUAGAAAUAGCUAAUUCUCCCACUUAUGGUUCAAAAAAUAGAAGAACAUUUAAUUAGACACUUCCACAUAUUAGUUAGGACAAAUAUAAGAGUUUUAAAAUGUUAUAAUUUCUUGGUAAGGGGAGAUAUAGUAAUGUUCAUUUAGCUGUUGAUGAAAAUACAAAUUAUCAUGUAGCUCUAAAAGUAAUGAGGAAAUAAUAAAUUUGUUCUAUGUCAUAAAGUAUAGCAUAAGAAAUAAAAAUAUAAUACUUAUUAAACCAUCCUAAUAUAGUUAAACUUUAUACUUUUUUUUAAAAUAGUAAGUGAUAAUAUUAACAUAUUUUUAGCAGAUGAGAUAGUAUUGGUAUUGGAAUAUUGUCCUUAGGGUUAAAUCCAUAAGAUUUUAAAAAGUUUACCAGAAUGUUGCUUUCCAGAAGAAUUAGCAUCAUCAUAUAUAAAAUAAAUUUUAAGUGCAUUAGUUUAUUUGCAUAGAAAUGGAAUAAUUCAUAGAGAUUUAAAGCCUGAAAAUAUAUUUUUAUGUUAUGUAAGAAGAUUGUAAAUAAAUUUAGAAUUAAGUAAAGAUAGCAGAUUUUACAUAUUCUGUUUAUUCUCCUUAAGAUGAAAGAUAAACUUAAUGUGGAUCUCUAGCAUACUUAUCACCAGAGAUUAUAAGAGGAGAGAAUUAUGAUAAGAGUACAGAUAUGUGGUCUUUAGGAGUUUUAGCAUAUGAAUUAUGCUGUGGUGAAACUCCUUGGGAAGAUUUAAGAUAAGAUGAAAUGCAAUAAAUGAUUUAGGAUGGUACAAUCAAAUUACCCAAUUCCUUCUCAGAUGAGCUAAAAGACUUUAUCAGUAAAUUAGUUACAGCUGAUUCAAAAAUGAGAAUGACUGCAAAAUAAGCAAUAAAUCAUCCAUGGGUCUAGCAAUCAGAAAUAUAGUUAAGUAAAUUUGAAUUCAACAUUUGA